AAGAGUUGGUGUAGGGAACCAACGUUCGCAGACUUUGUUUUUCUCCGGACAGAAAGGAAAUGCGCACAUAAAUUCGCCGUUUCCUUGGCAACAACGUUACGGUUCACACCAUCGCCAUCCAGGCAAAGAUCUUCGCUGACAACAUGGACAUCCACGAACGAAAUGUUCGCAGCUGUGUAGAAAACAUCGUAGAGAUGGUUGACAUGGACGAAGAGAACUUUGCUAUUUCCAGUUCCUCUGCGACAGAUUCUGCUUUCGACGCUGUUAUCGGCUGCAUAGAGACCAUCAUCAUGGAGGAGGAGUUUCAGCAGCUUCAGCAGAGUUUCAUGGAGAAAUACUACCUGGAAUUUGACAACUCUGAUGAGAACAAACUCAGCUACACACCCAUCUUCAAAGAAUAUGUCGAUCGACUGGAGAAACACUUGGAGCAGCAGCUGAUGGAGAGAAUCCCCGACUUCAACAUGAACUCUUUCAUAGAGCUGCUCAUGCAGCACAAAGAAGAGGUGGCAGGUGACAUCUUUGAAAUGCUGCUGACGUUCACAGAUUUCAUGGCCUUCAAGGAGAUGUUUCUGGAAUACAGAGCUGAGAAGGAGGGCCGAGGUCUGGACCUGAGUCAGGGACUGGUGGUCACACCUCUGAUCUCUUCAGGCCUCAAACGCAGCAGCUCCACUGAAUCACAGUGAUUGAUGAGUUGUGUUUUAGAAUUUUGUUUUAACUGGUGUCGAGCUUCAGGAUUCACUAAUCAUCUAAAUGUACAGUCUGUUCACAAACAGCCCCUGAAGCAAGUUCAUUCAUGCAUUCCAGUGCGUUUUUUGUAUUGGUGGGAUGUUUGUUUAAACCUUUCUCUUGUUAAAUAGUGAAGAUGGAAGGUUUUGACUUUGUCGUACUCCUCAUCCAUUCCACUGGACAUAAAGACUACUUGAAGUAUGCACAUCUCUUUAAUUUUACAAGUGAAGGACCAUCCUCUUAUUCAUGUGAUUUUUUUAUUUUUAAUAAGCAUUUUUGAGUUCUGCCUGGUUUGGGAAAAGGAACCCACAAUUGUGGUGCUUGUUUACGUGCUAUUCCAGUUACUGGAAUAACAAAGCCUGGCUAUCAACAGUUGGAGGGCACAAAACUAUUUGCAACUCAACAACUCAAAGUCAGAUAUAAUAUUGUUCCACCCACCAAACCCCAUCAAUCAGAUUGAACUCAGCCUUGGUACCUGGUCAAUCAAUAAAAAAAACACUGCCAGAGACCUAGGAGUUCUGUUUGACCAAUCACUCACUUUCAAACCACCAAUCAAAAAAGUAGUCCAGUCCUGCUUCCUACAAAUCAGAACCAUCUCCAAAAUUAAACCCAUACUUUCACACCCGGACUUACAAAAAGUAAUUCACGCACUAGUCUUCUCCAGACUGGACGACUGUAACUCCCUCCUCUCUGGCACGAGUCAAAAGUCACUCUCACGCCUGCAACUAGUUCAGAACGCAGCAGCUCGGCUUCUCACUGGUCUGAAAAGGCAACAUCACAUCACCCCGACCCCUUGCUUCUCUUCAUUGGCUCCCUGUCCGUAUUAGAAUUGAUUUAAAGAUUUCACUGAUCCUUUAUGUGCCUGCACGCAACCUUAGAUCCUCAGGUGGAUCCUGCUUACUGUUCCAAAGUCGAGGUUGAAAACUGAAGGUCAUUGUGCGUUUGCCAACAGGAACCCUCGGCUUUGGAACGUCCUACCUGAGGAGAUGAGGCUCGCAGAGUCAGGGACUUCUUUUAAAUCACUUCUUAAAACCCAUUUUUAUAGACUUGCUGUCAUGUGAUACUGUGAUUUUAUCGUUUACUUUUCAACUUUUGUUGUGUUUAUGUUUUUAUUUAUUGUUCUUGCUUUGUUGUCAAAGCACUUUGUAAACUCUGUUUUUUUUAAAAGUGCUAUAUAAAUAAAGUUUAUUAUUA